AUGUCUUGGGUAGCUUCGGAAGAAAGCACAAAUGGAUUGCUGGCAUAUCAGUCGUUGGUAGAUCGAAAUUACAAGCGUUAUUUGUUGAAAGACAAUGACAAUGAUCUGUGCUAUUUGCGACAUCCAAGUGGCGUUGUAGUGGUCACACUCGAUAAAAAUCACGAAAUUAUGGGCAAACCGAUUCGAACUAUCGAAUGGCACAUGAAGAAAAACAAGGGCGUGGAUCGGAGUAAGCAGAAAGUCACUGGCAAAGCAAAAAAGGGUGGUCUAGCGCUUGUACCCGAAACAAAACUGUGUGUUGUGCGCUGCGAAGAUGGAACCGAAUAUGUGUUGCGUGCUGGCAUCAAAGCUCUCUUGAUCGAGGUCAAUGAAAGGCUCACCGAUGAUCCAAAUUUGAUGCGCAGAGCUCCUGAGAAUCAGGGCUAUAUAGCAAUUAUCAUGCCCUAUGCAAACGAACGAAGACAAGCUCCCGAGGACUUUGUCGAGAACGAAGAUAAAUUCAGCUAA